AUGGAGAUCACAGGCCGAAACAGUCUCUCAGGUCCUGAUCAGAAGUUAGGGUUCGAUAAAUCAAAAGUUACCUGCUUCAAGUGUAAAGAACGUGGACAUUUCAAGAGAGAAUGCCCGAACCGUGAAAGGCCGCAAAUUGAGAACAAACCGGAGAAGGCACUUAUCGUGAAUCAAGAUGAUGAAAGAGUAGCUGAAGGUUUUACUUGGGAUAAAUACAUCCCCGGAAGCGAUGGGCAGGCCAUGAUGGCAGAAAUAGUUGAAGUACCGGAGAUGGUGACUGAGCCAGAAAUGAUUGUUGAAGAGGUUCCAGUAGUUGUUGAAGAGGUUCCUGUUGAGAAUGUGGUUGACAUUGAAGAAAUCGCUGCAGAAGUUUACUAUUACCAGUCAGAACAGGAGGUAUUGGAAAGUUCUAUGAAAUCAAUAAUGCCUCCUAAAGUGUUUGAAUCUUUUGCAGGUUAUUUCGAAGAACCGACGACUGGAACGUGUCCAAGAUACGAAGAAAAGAAAGAAGUUGUCGAGGAAAUGAUAGACGUGACAAAAGAAUUGACUGGAGAGACAUUGAAAGAUAUCGCUGACAAAGCUCUCAUGGGAAAGCUAAAAGAGGUGUUAGAUGAAGAGAGUGAUAACUCUGAGAAGUCUCAAUCUGAGAAAGCUGUUACAGAAUCUGAAGAUGAGGACAAACUUUACUUCGAUUUCAAGUAUCCUCUUCAGAAUGUGAAGAUUGAGAAUGUUGAGAAAGUAUCGGUUUUGAGAAGGGUGAUGGCUAAGCAGGUGGUUAAGCCAAAAGAGAAAAUGAAUGAUAUAUUUGUCGCUGGACCGAGUGUAGAUGAUGAAAAGAACUACAUUUUUAGUCAAAAGGUCGUGGACGAUUUCAAUGCAGCGAAAAAGUUGAAAGAGGAGAUAUUAAAGUCAACUUUUGUCGAAUAUGACAAAAGAGGGUUGCCCAGGUCUAUCCUUUCGAAGUGGAUCAUGGACACUGGUGUAUCGAGACAUAUGAUAGGGAUGCUAGCUCUUCUUUAUGACGUCAAAUCAAUAAAUGGAAGUUAUGUGGGAUUCGCCGGAAAUCAAGGCGACAAAAUUGUUGGACAUGGAACAUUGACGAAUGGUGUCAUCUCAUUCGACAAAGUGAACUAUAUUGUAGAGUUGGAAAACAAUUUACUUAGCAUUUCGUAA